CCCUCGCUCUCUCGCUCUUUCUAUCUCCGUCUCUCUCACUUCGUCGCGCUCCACGGCACCUUAUACGGCUCGUCGGGUCACGCAGCCCUCCUCCCGCGCUCCCGCGAUGCCCCGUCGCUGAUCCGACGCGCACCCUCGGCCCCUCGGUCCCACUUCGCGAUGGGCAGCUCCGGCGGCAACGACAGCGUCCCCACGAACGCCUCGGACCCGUUCGCGCGUAACGAGGAGGUGGCCCAGAUGGAGAUCCUGGUGCUGAGCGUCACCUUCGUGGUGGCCGUCGCGGGCAACGUGAGCGUCCUGCUGGCCCUGCACAACACCAAGAGGAAGAUGUCGCGCAUGCAUCUUUUCAUCCGCCACCUGAGCUUGGCCGACCUGGUGGUGGCCUUCUUCCAGGUGCUGCCUCAGCUGUGCUGGGACAUCACGUUCCGCUUCUACGGGCCCGACUUCCUGUGCCGGAUCGUCAAGCACCUGCAGGUGACCGGCAUGUUCGCGUCCACCUACAUGAUGGUGAUGAUGACCGUGGACCGCUACAUCGCCAUCUGCCACCCGCUCAAGACGCUACAGCAGCCCACGCGGCGCUCGUGUGCGAUGAUCGCGUCGACGUGGACUUUCAGCCUGGUGCUGAGCGUGCCGCAGGUGUUCAUCUUCUCCCUGAGCGAGAUUCAGAACGGUACCGGCGUCGAGGACUGCUGGGCGCACUUCAUCGAGCCGUGGGGCGCGCGCGCCUACAUCACCUGGAUCACCGUGGGCAUCUUCCUGGUGCCCGUGGUCAUCCUGGUGGUGUGCUACGGCUUCAUCUGCCACAGCAUCUGGAGGAACAUCAAGUACAAGAAGAGGAAGAGCGCGGGCCACAAGGACGGGCUCAUCGGUAAGAACUCGGUGAGCAGCAUCACCACCAUUUCCAGGGCCAAGCUGAGGACCGUCAAGAUGACGUUCGUCAUCGUGCUGGCCUACGUCGUGUGCUGGGCGCCCUUCUUCAUCGUGCAGAUGUGGUCUGUGUGGGAUGACAAGCUCCAGUUCACCGAUUCCGAGAACAUGGCGGUGACGCUGACGGCGCUGCUGGCCAGCCUGAACAGCUGCUGCAACCCCUGGAUCUACAUGAUCUUCAGCGGCCACCUCCUGCAAGACUUUGUGCACUGCCUGCCCUGCUGCCAGCGAAUGAACGCCGACUUCCGCAAAGAGGACUCGGACAGCAGCCUGCGCAGGACCACGUUGCUCACCAAAACCACCAAUCGCAGCCCCACCGGUAGCUCCGGCAACUGUAGGGAGCUAGACAACUACCCCAAAUCCUCCCCUCAGGCCGAAUGAAUGCGCUGCCCGGCAACUGUUUCCUGGCCUGUGGAAUGGAAAAUGGAAGGUACACAAACAUUGUUAGCACGUCCGACCUGCGGGAGUGGAACUAAGAACUCUCUAAAAAUUAUUUUCCGGCUGGAUUGUGUGUGCUUACGUUUGUCUCAAAGGCUCACAGAGAUACUGGAGGCCAUUUGUGUGUGUGUGUGUGGGAGAGGGGGCGGGGCAGCACAAUCGGAAGACAAGUAACUAAUGUACCAUGGUGACGCAUUUGACAUUGUUUCGUUGAAUCUAGGUGUCUCACGAAAGUUCAAGGGUGAUUGUCAGAAAGCAGCGGCAUCCUCUCGGCAUUGUGCGAACGUUGCGAAAUAUCGGCAUUCUCAAUUACGCUGCUAUGCGUCAACGGAAACAAGUAUUUUUCUCAUUAGCGUGUGAAAGCCAGAUGUCGACCCCCAGGGACAGAGCUUUGCCACGAAUAGUGGAAAUUGCAUAUAUAUGGAACCCGCCCCCAGACCCCAACCCCACCCAAAGAGUUAGUAAAGAUGCCACAAGAUACCGAGCACAGUACUUCAAGCCGAGAUGAUGAUAAAGCAUCAACACCUUCAUAUGAGGCCCACUAAUAUGAGUUCCAUACUAGCCUGAAUAACUGAGGACAAAAUGGCACGUCAUCACACACGGGCAAACAAAUAUGCACACGAGCACUUUACACAAAAAGCAUGAUGACAUUCAACUCACCUUAUAGAAUUCACACACAAGAAUGAAUGUUGAAGGAUACGAGUGGAUUGAUAUGUUGAAGCUGAGAGACAAAAAUAGCCGCAGUGUUGUUGUUUUUUUAAACGUACAUUUUAUUCAUUCUUUAAAACUCCCAAACAAAUACAGACACGUGGCGGCCCGGUAGUCCAGUGGUUAGCACGUCGGCUUCACAGUGCAGAGGUACCGGGUUCGAUUCCAGCUCCGGCCUCCCUGUGUGGAGUUUGCAUGUUCUCCCCGGGCCUGCGUGGGUUUUCUCCGGGUGCUCCGGUUUCCUCCCACAUUCCAAAAACAUGCGUGGCAGGCUGAUUGAACACUCUAAAUUGUCCCUAGUUGUGAGUGUGAGUGCGAAUGGUUGUUCGUUUCUGUGUGCCCUGCGAUUGGCUGGCAACCGAUUCAGGGUGUCCCCCACCUACUGCCCGAAGACGGCUGGGAUAGGCUCCAGCACUCCCCGCGACCCUAGUGAGGAUCGAGCGGCUCGGAAGAUGAAUGAAUGAAUGAAUGAAAUACAGACACGUCUCUCUUCGACAGCGUGCCUUCUCUUCUGAAUUCGGCUCGAGAGGCGUUCAAUGACCGCCUCACAAAAAAAAAAAAAAAAACGCAGAUUAAUGAUUCUUUCAAUGGCACCAAGAAAAUCGAAAAGAAUGCAGAAAAUCCAAAGAGGGAAUCACAAAAUACAUUCUAUGGGGGUGUUUGUAAACACACAACAAAGGCAAUUUUUAAAAACAUCAACAUAAACAAUUCUGAACCACUUCAGUCUCCUGCAGUUGGAAUGAUUCAACUUUUUUUUUCCCUACAAGAAGACCAAAGAAAUCACAUUCCAGGAUAUGCAGUUAGAUAGGUAGAUAAUCAGCUGUUUGUUUUUCGUCUGUUGGCUUUUGGACUCUCAAGGAAGGAAUUGUGCGUCUUGUUUCGGACCAACGGACUAUUGGCCCAAAUACAAGACGGUGUUUUUUUGUAUUGAAAUAAGACUGAAAAAGUGGGGGCCGUCUUAUAUUCGGGGUCUAGACGCAAUACCCAUUCACGACGCUAGACGGCGCCAGAUAUCAUUGAAGCGAAUGCUGAACUUGGCCAUCAGGUUUCGCUGAAGUUCAUGUGGAAAACUUGCCUAAAUGUUUAAUUCGUUAUUUACCCAACUGUUGCUAUUUAUCUGCUUGAAAUGACACGAGUCAGUGGAUUUAAGCUUCAAUCAGACACGAAAAUCUGUCUUUGGUUUGAAUCCAUUUAUUAUUCAUUCUUGUCAUGUUCAGGGAAAGUCCAGCAUUUUAGAAGUGUUGUGUGCUUGUAAACAAAUAUCUCACAUGUUUCAAAGAAAAAUGUCAUAAAUCAGAAAUUGUUCAAAUGGGCCCCGGGAGUUGAUUGCGAUUUUGGACUUAGCCCUCUGCGGUCGCCACAGUGAGUCACUCUCAUUAUUGGUUCGGCACGGCCGUUUGCUAUCAGUUCUAAAACAUUUGAUUGGUUUCUGGAAACUAUGUUUAAAAGGUGAGAUCGUGUCAAGGCAGUGGUAAUGAUGUCACGGCAUCACUUGAUGUACUUUGGCGCCCCUGAAUUGCUUUAUUUGGUGAUUUCGCUCCUUGACGGCUUCUCAGCAUGCGCACGCAACUCGGAAGAGAACAGCACGUUCUGGCUUCCUAUUGAUAGCUCCAUUUCAAGCAUUUCUUACUGUGCUGAUUAGAUCUCAAUGCAGUACAGGGCAACCCAACCCCCUUUUUCCUGUCAAAGUGUUUACAAAGGCAGAACCACCGCGGCGACUCCGAGGUGUUGAAAGGAACUUUUGGACUUUGUGGCGAAGACGCCACGUCAUCCUUCUUAAUGAUCAGCCGUCCUCUUUUAAAGUGGAUCUUAUGAAGAAAUCCUUUGACUGAUAUCCGCUUUUGGUGGACGCUUGAUAGCCGGAUGAGAACGGUCGUUGCGUAAUCCCUUUGAAAACGGCAAAAGGUCGGCGAAGACGAUUCAGUGUCGCGGCGGAAGGGCCGUCAUUUCGGAGGAGCCGGCGUGCCUCCUGACCCCCUCGCAAGCCUCCCGUGGCCUCCUCCGUUACAGGCCCUAGACAUUCCUCGCGCGCCACGUCAACUUAUUCUCUUCUGGCAUCCUGCGCUGAUGACUUGCCGGUUGGAGGGAAAGCGGAGCUUCGGAUUUACGUCAUUUCCCCUCAAAUUAAUGUUUCCUGCAAGACUGUAAAUGGCCUUGGCGCUGCGAUACCUCUCAACACGUGUACAGGACUGUGCAAAAGUCUUAAAGCUGCAAUUAGAUUACAUUGGAGGGGGGGGGGGGUUCAAUGUUCUAAUGACCUCCACCAAGGCGCGAAUGGAAACAAAAGUGACAAAAGUCAAUACAAACGUUGACCACAAUUUGUUCCGUGACACUGGUUUCGACCAGUGUCUCCAUUCAUCUCUUUUGUUUUAUGAAGCGCUUAUCCACUUGGAGAUGUUGCCAAACGCGAUCCCGGCUGACUUAGGGUGAAAGGCAGGGAGGAGAAAAUUGGAGUAGUCAAUGUUAUUUGUAUGUUUUCACAAAACAGUCCUAAGUUUUGAUUUAGACUCUCGAAAUUUUCACAGUAAAUGUCGUCAACAUCACAUUACCGUCAAUCUCAUCUCUUUCUGAAAAAUAAAUAAAUUUCGCUUUGCAAAAGGACAACCCAUUCAGAAAUGCGAACAUAAAUGUGUAUUUCGGUUUGAAAUUGCUUUACUGAAAAUGUGUGGGGAAAAAAAAUGACAAAUUCAAGUCAGGUCAAGUCAAGUCAAGUCAAGAGUAUUUCUCGAGCACUUUCAAACAGCCAUCGCUGCAUACAAAGUGUUGUACAUGGAGCGAUUUAACAUGCACAAUAAACAGUAAGAGAAAUCGGUAAUAAAGGCGGUAGAAAGCACCGGACAGUAAAAUCAAGAACAAAUCUAAGUCAUGCUGAGUCGAACGCCAAAGAAUACAAGUGAGUUUUGAGGCGCGUUUUGAAGAUGGGCAGCGAGGAGGCUUGCCGAAUGUUCAGUGGGAGGUCAUUCCAGAGAGAGGGACCAGCAACAGAAAAGGCUCCAUCCCCUCUGAGCCUCAGUUUAGUUCUUGGUACUUCUAACAAAGACUGGUCCACAGACCUGAGGCAGGUGUGUAGGGGCGGAUAAGCUCAGUUUGCUGAUAUUCACGAUGUGACAAUUAUAUAAAAAAAAUAGCAAACCAAUUGAUCAUUUAUUAUAUCAUCAUAUUUUUAUUGUUGAAUCAAACCCUUGCUUUGAUUGACCUGCAAAAAAUUGCUCCUCAAAAUUAGAAAGAUACUCCUCGCAAAGAAAACAUUGAUUGACAAAAGUGCUCCGAAAAGAAGAAAAAAAAAACAACCAAAAACCAUUAAUGAAAAAAAUAAGAGCUCUCAGGCGGCCCAAUGGUCGAGUGGUUAGCUCGUCGACCUCAAGUGCAGAGGUUGUGAGUUCAAUCCCAGCUGCAGCCUCCGUGUGUGGAGUUUGCAUGUUCUCCCCGUGCUUGCCUGCGUGGGUUUUCUCCGGGUACUCCGGUUUCCUCCCACAUUCCAAAAUCAUGCAUGGCAGGCUGAUUGAACACUCUAAAUUGUCCCUAGGUGUGAGUGUGAGUGCGAAUGGUUGUUCGUCUCUGUGUGCCCUGCGAUUGGCUGGCAACCGGUUCAGGUUGUCCCCCGCCUACUAUCCAAAGACAGCUGGGACAGGCUCCGGCACAGCACCGCAAACCUUGUGAGGAUGGAGCGGAUUGGAAAAUGGAUAGAUGGAUGGAUGAUAGCUCUCAUUAAUCUAGAACUCCUUCAUCACAAGAGACUCACAGUCCAUGUCUUCACAGUACACCGACCAAGUACUGUUCACAAUACCAGCUCAUGCUGUGAGAUAACCCAAAAAAAAAAUAGGACACCUUCCAAAAUAAGACCGGGAUAAUAUCGCAUCAACCCGUAACUCUCUUGCCAUUGGCUACAUGUCCCCAGCCCCACCAAAAAAAAAGCAACAAAGACUUAUGCACGGUGCUGUCCACACCCGUUGUAUGAAUAGCACUUGUUUUCAACUGUAAAUAUGAGCGAUAUAUGUAAAUAUAUGCCUCUGUAAUGCACGUGUGAAUAUCUUGCAAAUACAUGUCUCAAACCAA